GCCGCCUCCCCCCACCGGGGCCCCACGCAAGUGCCCCCGCCGAGCCCCUCGCCAGUCGCACCAUGCCGCGCUCCUUCCUGGUAAAGAAGAUCAAAGGGGACGGCUUCCAGUGCAGCGGGGUGCCGGUCCCCACCUACCACCCUUUGGAGACAGCCUACGUGCUGCCUGGCGCCCGGGGGCCUCCCGGGGACAACGGGUACGCCCCGCACUGCCUGCCCCCGAGCAGCUACGAUGCGGACCAGAAGCCGGGCCUGGAGCUGGCCCCGGCCGAGCCCGCGUACCCGCCGGCGGCGCCGGAGGAGUACAGCGACCCCGAGAGCCCGCAGUCGAGCCUGUCGGCGCGCUACUUUCGAGGGGAGGCGGCCGUGACCGACAGCUACUCCAUGGACGCCUUCUUCAUCUCGGACGGGCGCUCGCGGCGGCGGCGGGGCGGGGGCGGCGGGGACGCGGGGGGCUCGGGAGACGCGGGGAGUGCCGGGGGACGCGCGGGGCGCGCAGGGACGCAGGCGGGCGGCGGGCACCGGCACGCGUGCGCCGAGUGCGGCAAGACCUACGCCACGUCGUCGAACCUGAGCCGCCACAAGCAGACGCACCGCAGCCUGGACAGCCAGCUGGCGCGCAAGUGCCCGACGUGCGGCAAGGCCUACGUGUCCAUGCCCGCGCUCGCCAUGCACGUGCUCACGCACAACCUGCGCCACAAGUGCGGCGUGUGCGGCAAGGCCUUCUCGCGGCCCUGGCUGCUGCAGGGCCACAUGCGCUCGCACACCGGCGAGAAGCCGUUCGGCUGCGCGCACUGCGGCAAGGCCUUCGCCGACCGCUCCAACCUGCGCGCGCACAUGCAGACGCACUCGGCCUUCAAGCAUUACCGCUGCCGCCAGUGCGACAAGAGCUUCGCGCUCAAGUCCUACCUCCACAAGCACUGCGAGGCAGCCUGCGUCAAGGGGGCCGAGCCACCCCCGCCGACCCCCGCCGGCCCGGCCAGCUGAGCCUUCCGCCUCGCCUGCGCGCCCGGAACUCGCUCUCCAAGCGCCCCGGGCCCCCUACCUGCGCCCGCAGCGCCCUCGCCCACCCCCGGCUGCGUUUCCCUGCCCAUGACCCUCUCGUGGGGACCCCCGGCCCGGCCCGGAACUUUUCUCUCCAGUCCCCAAACCCAUGACUCACUUCCAGCACCGUCUUCCCAAGCGUCCCCCGACCCACUUCAUCCUUUCCGGCCAUCCCUCGGACCUUGACCCCCUGUCCGCGCCUUCAAGGCUCCCAACUCAGGCACCAGGUCCGCACCUCUCCCGCGCCCCAGAGCCGGAAAUUUCUCCCUCCCAGACCCCGCGCUGCUCUUCUAACUUCUAGAUCUUUUCUCUCGCUUCUCAGCUGAAUCUCUCUGACCAUUCCUCUAUUGGAGCCCCCAAUGAAAGCCUCAAACCUAUACCCUUGACGCCCAUACCUUCCUCAGUUUCCCCAUCCAUACCUGGUCGCAGGCCGUGCCGCCCUGAGACCACAAUCCAACCCCAGACCAGCCUUCUGGCCUCUGCUGAAUCUCCCAGAGUGUGUCCAUCUGGGGAUCUAAUCUUCACCCUUCUUGAAGUCUCCAAUCUGUCCCUGAUCCCAUACAUGCUCAGGCCUUAGGUCCGGCCAUUCACACACACACACACACACACACACACCCCACUCCCACACACAUUUCCUACUCUCUUCAGUCCAUGGGGAUCUCAUUACCCACUCCCAGCCCCAGCUCCAGCUCCCCUCACCUCUCUAGCAGCUCUCACCUCUCUGAGUCUACCUAAUCUGGAGGGGGCUUGAGGGGCACUUCAGGGCCCUGCCUCCUAAUGUAACCCCUCUCUCACCCCGGCACAACCUGGGCUUCCACAGUCUGGAGCUGCCCUACCCCCAGAUUCUCUGAGCACUUUCCCCCAUCCCCAGGGCCACAGAUCCCCUUCCUUACUUGUUGGGGGGAGGUCUGGAGCACCUCGCCAAUGCCCUUCCCCCAUCCGACUGGGUCCUUCCAGUUAUUUAUUUGUGUAUUUAUUUAUUUAUCUAUUUAUUAUUCUAUUUAAUCUCUUGGCCUCACCCAGGGACAGUCUGGCUUCCCCAGCUGGACUGGGAGGUCAGGAAGCCAGGCAAGGAGAGGUACAGCACAGGCCACAGAGGGCUGCCCCCACCACACACACCCCCGCGUCUCGGGAGAAACCCACCCUCUUCAGAGCCUGCACUCGCUAAGGAAGGGGACUCGAGAAUGGGGGGGCAGCUUGCUGACCCUUAACUGGGGGGGUGAGGGAGCAUCAGGAGGUCCAGGCGUGGGGCAGGUCCCCACCUUCCUGAACCUUCCCCUGCCACUCCAGGUGGCCCGGAGAGAGGAGCCUCCUCGAUUUGUUUCCUGUUUAUUCCUCUUGCCGAGGGACCCCAGGUUCCAGGGACCGACUGAGCCCCGGACCCGCUGGGGCCUCUGGCCUGCUCCCCGGGAGGGGCGCUCUCUCCCGGCCAUGUCUAUGCAACUCUCCCGGACAGAGGGGCCGGGCUGCCAGCCACCCGCCCGUUGGCCGCCACUACCUCCUCCGCUGCGCUUUUGCAUGCCCGGGCGAGGACCGAAGCACACACCUCCACGCGCACGGGCCCUGGCCCCCUCCGCUUUAAGCACACGCCUCUGCCCCAUUGCUCUGCACCCAGCUUGGGGGCAGGAGUCCUGGACUCUCAGAUUCUCCUCUCCCCUCCUCUUAGCCACAAAAGUGGGGGGAGACCGGAGGCACCCCUGCAGCAAGGGCACUUCCCUAGGGCUCCAGAGGGGUGAAUGGGCCUUUGCUCAGCUCCAGGCCCAGCGGGAAGGGAGGCUGCAGGGAUGGUGGGAGGGAGAGGGGUAGCAGAAGCAAUUAUGGAGGGUGUUGACCCUGUAAAUAGGAACUUCUGACAGCAAUAAUUUUCCAUGCAUGCUAAGCCUUUUGGCCAUAUUUUGUAUGAGCGCUUGGCGCUCCUCCUCCGUCCUAUCCCAACUCACCCCCAAAUCCCCAUCCCUUCCCCACCUCCAGCAGUAUUACUUGUAACGCAAUUCAGGGAUAUUAAAGGGACUUUGGCCACUCA